GCUCUUUCUUCAUAAUGCGCAGGAAUGAGGAGCGGCUGCAUAUAAACCAGAAGAAUCCCGUCUUCUGCUCCUCCAUCCUUCUGCUGCUCCUUCAACAGGUUCCGGUCGACAGACAUCAUGAGUUGCCCGUCCUCUGGUCAGCAGGGCUUUUACCCUCAGAUCCCUCAGCAGCCGGCCGGUACCGUAUGGCCCGGUCAACCAUGUCAACCCUGCUGGCCCUGCCAACCCGGUCAGCUGAGUUGGCCUGUUAACCAGCCCAGCGCAUCGCUCCCUACGAACUGGCCGGUCCAACCCACCCAACCAGGCUGGCCAAACCCUCCAACAAUCCAGCCUAACCCACCAACCCAACCAGCACAACCCAAUCCACCAAUCCAACCAUCCCAACCAAUUCAACCAACCCAACCAAACCCACCAAUCCAACCAAACCCUCCAGUUCAGCCGAACCCACCUGUUCAACCAACCUGGCCUGCUCAAGUACCCACCCCGACGGGUUACCUCCCAUCUCCAGUCCCCCCGGCGUGGCAUGGUAAUCCUGGUCAACCCGGUUGGCCCGGUCAGGGGCCCACAGGAGGAGUCCCGCAGCAGUGGCCCCCGGCGCCAGCGACCGCUCCUGUAGUGGUUCCUUUCAAUAUGAAUUUUCCCCGUGGCAUCUAUGACAAGCUAAUGCUAACUAUCAGAGGACAGGUUAAACCAGAUGCUAAAAUGUUCACGAUCAACUUCCUGCGCGGUAACGACAUCGCCCUUCACAUCAACCCACGAUUCAGCGAAGGAGGAAAAGCGGUUCUGGUCCGCAAUCAUAAACUGGGUGAACACUGGGGCAAAGAGGAGCGGGAACUUCUGGCGCCGUUUCCGUUCAUGCCGGGACAUCACUUUGAGAUGAAGAUCCUCUGCACCUUCACCGAGUUCAAGGUGGCCGUCAACAACACGCCCAUCUUUGACUUUAAGCACCGUAUCAGAGAGGUCAACCAGAUCGACCGCAUCAACAUCCUGCAUGACGUCACCCUCACGUCCGUCAAUGUGGACUCGCUCCCGUGACUCAGAGUCAACUAAACUAACCGUGGCAGAAUAUUAAACCCAACAAAAAACGACGACGGAUUCAAUAAAACACAAAACUCUGACGCAAACAUCACGACUGGACCUUUAACUGAGUCUUACGGUUUCAUUUAUGAACUAAUACUUAUUCAUUAAUCAUAGUUAAUGAUAAUUUCAACAUUUACUAACAUUAUUAAAAUCAAAUGUAUCUGUUAAUAUUAUUCAAUGGAGCUGAGCGAACAUGAACAGAUGUAUUUUAUUAACUAAUGGUAACAAAGAUUAAUAACUGCUGUAUCAAAUGUAUUGACCGUUGUUAGUGAUGCACGAUAUAUAUCAGCCACCAUAUCGGUAUCGGCCGAUAAAUGUGCAUUUUUAAUGUUAUCGUUAUCGGCCCGAUAAGAAAAUUUGGCCGAUAUAUUAAAGCCGAUAAAUAAUGGAUUAUUUCCUUGAGACACUUCAGUCCUCCAUUAUGUUUUUGAAUUGCUUGAAAUAUGAUUGAAAUCACUUCAAAAAGGAAAAUACAGUCAAGCACAACAUGUGCAGCACAAGUCUGUCAUAUAGACUACAUAAUAUUAUAAUCAUGUGAUUGGGACAUGAUUUUUAAUUUGUAAUCAGGCUUUCAAAAAUUAUAUAAAAAUUUUGAUUUAAAUUUAUUGGACAAUAUAUCGGUUAUCGGCUUUCAAAUAUAUAUAUAUAUAAAAAAAAUUAUCGGUUAUCGGCCAUCGGCCAAAACGUUCAUAUCGGUGCAUCCCUAACCAUUGUUAGAUAAUGAUAGUUAAUGCAUUACUAAUAGGUCUUUAUUGUAAAUUGUUACCAAGUUUUCUCUACCAAAGCAAUGGAGUAUUAACUAAGUAACACUUUACAAUCUGGUCAUUUGUCUGUGCAUUUUCUGAUUUAUUUGUUAAAAUCAUUAGUGUGACUGGAUGUUAAACUUCCUGCUUCAAAUGCAAUCUUCUUUCUAAUUUGGGUUCUUCUGUGCCGGGUCAGAAAUUAACAGAUGAUCGUUUCAAAAAUGUGGCUGAAGUUCAUACGGAUGCCCACAAAAUUCAAGAUAUGAUUGCAAAAAAAAUAAACACUUUUAUAAGAUCUUGAUUUUUAUAUUGUAACAUUUGACAUAAUUAAGCAAUAUCACAAGAGAUGUGUUUUUAAAACUAAUGAUGCAGGUGUGAUCGUGGAGAUUCAGAAGAUGAAAUCACUGAACUGCAGCUCUAUAUAGUGUCUUACUGUUCUAAUUGUGUUUAUUAAUUAAAUAUAAGGCAUUUCUCAGGCA